UCCUGGCUUAUUUCAUUCACCCAGUUGAGCCCUUUCUGCAGUCCUUGGAGAAGGUGAAGGCACUGAUAAUGCCAGAAUGAACUUCGGGCUCAGAGGCCAGUAGACUGGCUUCUGACUCUAGCGCUCCCCUCUUGCCAGCUGUGGUUCCUGACGGGCAAGCUAUUUGACCUCUUUGGCCUCAGUUCCCUCAGGUCGAAAACGGAAGUAAUGGCCCAUGUAGCAGGGCUCUUGGGCAGAUUCAAUAAGGUAAUGUUCCUAACGCACUCAGCUAAGUGCCAGGCACAAUGUGAGCACUUGACAAGAGGGGUUGUGUUUACACAAAUCUUUGGCUCGAUCUAAGGAAACUGUUUCCAGUCUCAGUUCUGCUCAGCCAUGACCUGGAGCUGAGCGUCCUGCCGUGGAGGCGUGCAAACGGACGCUGGGCUGCUGUGUGACCUUGCACGCACGUCUUGCCCUCUCUGUUUCUCUUCAUUCGAAAUCGGGGCGAAAGUGACACCUUUGCCGUCUCUGCCAUAGGAGGCUGUGGCCCCGUGUGAACUUGUCCGAGGCAGCGUCACCAGGACUUCGUAGAGGACACCAGCGUCACGGGUCCACCGCUCCACUCCCGCCCCUUCUUCCUUGUUCUUCACUGUGACUCUUGAAGGGAAGCGAGUUGGGGCUUGGAACAGAUACCAGGUUCCCCCUGGGGAGGGUUUCCAGACCCGUGCUGAGCCCAUUAGAGGCCCCACAUCAUGUCCAAAAUGACUUUAUUCCACAAACAUUAACUGAGCAGCUGUUAUACGCCAGGCACCAACGUAGAGGCACCAGGAACCUGGCAGUGAACAAGACAAAUGACAGCUCUCAGGAUGACAGGCAACUGAAAAAGAACAGCUGUUCUGGACUUUCCUUGCCUUUUGUCUCCCCCCCCCCCCCCCCCCCCCCCCGCCCCCAGCAUUUUUUGGAAAACCACAGGCAAGUUCUUUUAUAGACUUCUCCGUUAGGUUUGUCUGACACUCCCCUGUGAUUUGUGCCCUUGGGGCAGCAUCGCCAGAGAAGGAAGGCUAUGUUCUCAGGGGAUAGUCUCAGAGAGCUCAUGACCCUGCUUUGUCCCGUUCCUGGAGAUGUCACCUUUGACCACUUGGUUGAAGGUGGGGCCUCCCAGGGUUCUGCAUCAUCUCCGAUUUUACGCACACACGUAUAUGAAGCAUAGGAUGCGGUAAAGUUAACAAGCGUUUUGAUUCGUUAGUCAAUAGACAAUACGAAUUUUGUGGGCAGAUGCUUAGAGGCUGCCCCUGCUGAAAUACAGCCGCUCUCUCUGCCCCGCGUAUAGAUCUAAAUCGGGACAGACUCCCGCACCCCUAUUGAACUCCAGGGGUUACGGUUGGUUACUGUACCUUUAUUGGGGUGCUUCACUUGUGCCCGUGUGGGCCGGUGGACGCGGUUUAGCUGGCUCCUGUGUCUUUUUUUUUUUUUUGACGGGAGCCCAUCAUUCUUGGAGUGCGUCCUUACUCUCUGACACAAGGAUUCCAGGCUCGUCAUGCACUUUCCCUGCUCGGAUCCUGGACUCAUUAGAAGGAGCUCUGUGGAGGGGCACCUGGGUGGCUCAGUCGGUCGAGCGUCCGACUUCGGCUCAGGUCAUGAUCUCACGGUCCGCGAGUUCGAGCCCCACGUCGGGCUCUGUGCUGACGGCUCGGAGCCUGGAGCCUGCUUCCGAUUCUGUGUCUCCCUCUCUCUCUGCCCCUUCCCUGCUCAUGCUCUGUCUCUCUCUGUCUCAAAAAUAAAUAAAAACAUUAAGAAAAAAAAAAUUUUAAAAAGAAGGAGCUCUGUGGAGGCAACGAGCAAGACGGAAAUAGGGUCUGCGGACCCGCCGACAGUCAUGCGUCAGUGUUAAUGUCCUGAUUUGGGCAGUUGCAUUGUGGCUGCAGGAGAAUGAAUGACCUCCUUCUCCGAAAUAUACACUGGAGCCUUAAGGAGUGAUUUAUUCAUUGGGAACAAACGAAUACAUAAAAUGAAUAAAACAGAGACAGACUGAGGGGGAAGGUGUGCACUCGGGAAUGGGUUUCGUGUGUUUCACGAGCAGCAAGGAGCGAGGAUGUGGCCGGUGGCGGGAGCACCGUGCACAGGUGCUGGGCCAGGUGGAGAGGGGGGCGGGGCCCCGCUGGGGAGGCCCUGCAAGGGGAACAGAGUCCCUGGGGAGCUUCCGGCAGGGACAUAACCCCCCCCCCCCCCAUGCUGCACAGACACCGGGCGGAAGGCUUCAGGUCCGCGCGACUCUUCGUUUCUGCAGUACAGCUGCGAGGUUAGGCUCCGUCUCAUCUGCACGUUGCAGGUAAGGAGGCCCACGCUGCGAUGAUGACCACGGGACUGCCUUGAACCGCACAUAGCUCCCAAGCCCCAGGAGGAAGCCUGGCCGUUGCUUGGCUGAAUGCGACGCGGAGGUCGAGACCCACACGGGGACAGGGAGAGCGGAUGCUGUGAGCAUCGCCGGGAAACCUGCCUCCUCCAUACGUCGCGCUUUAGAGGGCGCCACGUGCCGCGAGUGCCGUGGGGGGAAGCGCACGCCCCUUGACCCGGCGAGAUCCCACUGCGGAGCAUUUCCCUUCACGAAAGCGACUCCUUGGGCCGUGGCUGUGUUCAGGUCACUGUUUGAGGACCCUGCGCGUGUUAGCCCAUUCAGUGCCCACAGCACCCUGGUCAGGUGGGGGCCGUUCCUAGCGCCACUUCACCGGGCGGGAAACUGAGGCACGGAGGGGCUAAGCGGUUUGCUGAACGUUCAUAACGAGUAAGGGACAGAGCAGGUGUUCAAACUUCAGGAAGACGCUGCACAGCCAUUGCGGGGAGAGGAGGGAGGGGGGCAGGAUGUAAGCACAAGCUCCAAAACAGAAGACGUUGUACCGGCCCGAUCUGUCAAACUAGGUACGCGUGGAAAGGACUAGAUUUGGAUGCCAGAUGUCUCCAGGGGCGUUUUUCCAGGUGACGGAAUUACAGCCGUUCCUUUUUGUUUUAAGUUUCUUUAGUUUUGAGAGAGAGAGAGCGUGCACCUGUGAGCAGGGGCGGGGCAGAGAGAGGAGACGGAGAAUCCCAAGCGGGUCCCGCGCUGUCGGCACAGAGCCCGACCUGGGGCUCGGUCCCACAGACCUGGAGACCUGGACCCCAGCGGAAGUGAAGAGCCAGACAGGGGCUUCACUGACGGAGCCACCCAGGCGCCCCCUACAGGCAUUCUUGUGUCUUAGGAUCUCCCAAUGGGGCGACUUUGCUCUGGGCUCACGUUCCCUGUGAGCUGUCUGAUCCUGAUGUGGGCGGCAGGCUCUGGGAGCGUCAAGGUCCUGCGUGCGCCCACCUGCUUCUCCGACUACCUCAGCACCUCUGUCUGCCAGUGGAACAUGGAUGUGCCCACGAACUGCAGCGCUGAGCUCCGCCUGUCCUACCAGCUGAACUUCAUGGGGUCCGAAAACCGCACGUGUGUCCCUGAGAACGGAGAAGGCGCGGCGUGUGCGUGCAGCAUGCUGAUGGACGACUUCGUCGAGGCGGACGUGUAUCAGCUGCACCUGUGGGCGGGGACGCAGCUGCUGUGGAGUGGCUCCUUCAAGCCCAGCAGUCACGUGAAACCCAGGGCUCCCGGAAACCUCACGGUUCACCCCAACGUCUCCCACACGUGGCUGCUGAGGUGGAGCAACCCUUACCCCCGUGAGAACCACCUGCACGCCGAGCUCACCUACACGGUCAACAUCUCGAGCGAAGACGACCCCACGGAUUCCAGAAUCUAUAAUGUGACCUACAUGGGGCCCACCCUCCGCGUGGCAGCCAGCACCCUGAAGUCUGGGGCUUCCUACAGCGCACGCGUGAGGGCCUGGGCUCAGAGCUACAACAGCACCUGGAGCGAGUGGAGCCCCAGCACCAAGUGGCUUAACUACUACGAGCCCUGGGAGCAGCACCUCCCACUUGGCGUCAGCAUCUCCUGCCUUGUCAUCCUGGCCGUCUGCCUGUCCUGCUACCUCAGCGUCAUCAAGAUUAAGAAAGAAUGGUGGGACCAGAUUCCCAACCCCGCCCACAGCCACCUAGUGGCGAUAGUCAUCCAGGACCCACAGGUGUCACUGUGGGGGAAGCGGUCCCGAGGCCAGGAACCAGCCAAGUGCCUACACUGGAAGACUUGUCUUAGGAAGCUCCUGCCCUGUUUACUGGAGCACGGCAUGGAAAGGAAAGAGGAUCCCUCCAAGAUUGCCAGAAAUGGGUCUUUGCAGGGUUCUGGAAAAUCAGCAUGGUGCCCCGUGGAGGUCAGCAAGACGAUCCUCUGGCCCGAGAGCAUCAGCGUGGUGCGAUGUGUGGAGCUCCUGGAGGCCCCGGUGGAGAGCGAGGAGGAGGAGGAGGAGGAGGAAGAUAAAGGGAGCUUCUGCCCAUCGCCUGUGAACCUCGAGGACAGCUUCCAGGAGGGCAGGGAGGGCAUCGCGGCCCGGCUGACAGAAAGCCUCUUCCUGGACCUUCUCGGGGUUGAGAAAGGGGGCUUUGGCCCACAGGGCUCUCUGGAAUCGUGGUUUCCUCCUCCUUCGGGAAGUGCAGGUGCUCAGAUGCCCUGGGCUGAGUUUCCGGGUCCGGGGCCCCAGGAGGCAUCGCCCCGGGGCAAGGAGCAGCCUUUCGACCCCUGGUCCGGUCCUCUGGCCACUCUGCCCCAGAGCCCAGCCAGCCCGACUUUCCCAGAGACGCCCCCGGUCGUCACAGACAACCCCGCCUACCGCAGCUUCGGGACCUUCCAGGGCCAGUCCUCCGGUCCCGGCGAGUGUGACUCGGGCCCGGAGCUGGCGGGACGCCUGGGGGAGGCGGACCCCGGCAUCCCCGCUGCCCCCCAGCCUUCGGAGGCGCCUUCCGCGCUCCAGCCCGAGCCAGAGACCUGGGAGCAGAUUCUGCAUCAGCGAGUCCUGCAGCACAGGGGGGCCCCUGCCCCGGCCCCCGGCAGCGGCUACCGAGAGUUUGUGUGCGCCGUGAGGCAGGGCAGCACCCAGGACGGCGGGGUGGGGGGCUUCGGCCCUUCGGAGGAGGCCGGGUACAAGGCCUUCUCGAGUCUGCUCACAAGCGGUGCCGUCUGCCCAGAGACGUCCGGGGGUGAGGCCGGCAGUGGGGACGGGGGUUACAAGCCCUUCCAGAGCCUCACUCCUGGCUGCCCUGGGGCCCCCGCCCCAGUCCCCGUCCCCCUGUUCACCUUCGGACUGGACGCGGAGCCACCUCAUUGCCCGCAGGACUCCCCCCUCCCGGGCAGCUCCCCAGAGCCAGCGGGGAAGGCACAGGACAGCCACAAGACCCCGCCGGCCCCGGAGCAGGCCGCAGACCCCCUCCGGGACGACCUGGCCAGCGGCAUUGUCUACUCAGCCCUCACCUGCCACCUGUGUGGCCACCUGAAGCAGUGUCACGGCCAGGAGGAGGGUGGCGAGGCCCAUCCCGUGGCCAGCCCCUGCUGCGGCUGCUGCUGUGGAGACAGGUCCUCGCCGCUGGUGAGCCCUCUGAGGGCCCCGGACCCCCUGCCAGGUGGGGUGCCCCUGGAGGCCAGCCUCGCUCCAGCCUCCCCGGCACCCUUGGCUGUCUCAGAGGAGGGCCCGUCCUCCCUGUGCUUCCAGCCUGCCCCGAGCCAUGCUCACAGCUCAAGCCAGACCCCCAAAAAGGUGGCCAUGCUCUUCCCAGAGCCCACGUGCACGAUGGCUUCCUAGGCGUGUGCCCGCUUGUCACUGCCGUCUACGAGUGAGGGCUGGGCCUCAGCCCGGCCUGGGAAGUGCCUCCUCCUGGAAGGCGGCUAGGCCAGCAGAUUUGCAAAAGACUUGGAGAACCCUGCUAUGAAGCUGGGAGGUGGUCUGACCUGGGGGUACAGAGACUGGACUCCACCCCGCCCCUCCGCCAGCUCCCAGCCUUGGCCUGGGCUCGCCACCACCCAAGGGAGUGGAGGGCACGGGGGCGAGGCCCCUGCGGGGAUCGGGAGCUCCUUGGGUGCCUCGGCUUAUGCACGAGCCACUGGCCACUUCAUGGGUCCACGCGCUCUCCCUGCCACGCUCACCCUGGGUGCGCUUUGUCCGCUCGUCACUCUGUUACUCAUGUCUUGCCGGGUUCUGGGAUCGGCUGCCGCUGUCUCACCGGAUUGGAGGCCCAGCCCACCGGGGAAUGACUUGGGAGACCUUGGGAAAUGGAUGGGACAUCCUGGUCCUGGGAAGGUGGUCAUUUGCCCGGAGGUGCCCAUUCAUUCAACAGACCUUCCUUAAGUCGACCCUGGGGGCGGGACCUGGGCCGUGGCGGGGCGCGAAGUCAAGUGCGGUAACAGACACAAAAGGACCCGAAAGACUGGGAUCACCAAGCCACGACUGGCUGCUGUCUGGUUCCCACACAACCGCUGAGACCGGGGGCUCCCGUUAAGCACAGGAGCCCCAGAAUGAACACAGCCAGCUACCUCGGGGCCAGUCUGUGCCCCCGCGGGCGCUUUGCUGGCAGCCGCAGCAGCCGGAGGGAGGGAGGGAUUGGCCGAGUUAGGGCUCCGCCGGCCCACACCACACCCUCAGCCAGCACGGCGACCUGCCCCUCUGGUUGUGUAAUGCUUGUUUGCAUCUCGAAGAUUAUUUUAUCGCCUGGGAUUUGUCUUCGCUGAGAAGCGUGGAAUCGGAGGGCAGGGCGUGGUGUUUUGUGUAAAUAAAGCCUCUUUAUCUCCGU